AUCCACCAUCGUGACAUUCAGCAACUUGACAUUGGUCGCUAAAGAUGCCACUGCGAACUACCGAAGUUAAAACCUCUACAUAUGGGAAAGCAGGGAUUCUCGAAUCUGUCCCUGCACCCCUAGAUCCUGAUUCAGAUCCUGAAUUUAACCCUGGAAUCUUCAUUUAUGAGACUAAGAAACGCGGAAACCGCAAAGCAACGGCUGCUGAGGACGCAUCUCCAUCUGCCCCCCGUGGCAAGUCACGGAAAAGACGAAGCGAGGUUCUUGGAAAUUUUCAGUCAUCAUCCAGAAGUCGGAAGCGCCGGCCAAUGGAUCCAGAGGCGUCUCGACGCCAUAACCCACUUAAGGAGUAUUUUGAUGAUGACCUUGGACUUCAGUCUGCGUCUGAUGACGGCGAAGUGGAUGAAGAUGAUCCUGAAGACGGCGACUCGGCAGAAGAGCACGAGUCUGAACCUGAUCAGCCAGUAAUGCUUAGGACCAUAGCUGCAUUUGUUAAAGCUUCGAAAGAGAGCACUCCCAUCGUUACACAGAAAAGUCAUUCACAAACUCCGGUUGAUGAUGAUUCUGUCACUGAACCCGAGUCAGAACCAGAAGCUGAUCAGGUUUCGACGAAGCGGAAGUCACCUGCGUCAGAUCAGAUUAUGCCAGCUUCUAAGCGGAGAAAAACGCCUUGCCUAGAUGACGAGUCUGAAACUGAACCAGAGUCCGAUAUAGAUUUACCCACAGUCUCAAAACUACCAGCGCCCAACACCAUGAAGCUUCCAGAAUCCGACUCCGAAACGGAGCCUGAAGACGAAGACGAAACGUACCCCAACCCCAUAUAGAAUCUCCAUGCAAAGCCUGGCUUCCCGCUUGCUCCCGGUCAGAGUCCUCUCGGACCUAUGAUAUUGGACAGAGCCGAGGGUAUCAUGGUGCCCGCUUCGAUCAAUACCUAUCUGAGAGAAUACCAGAGGGAGGGCGUUCGUUU